AUGGCCGCCCUGAGGAACGCGGAGCAAACCCCGUCUCGCUGCCGCCGAGCCCUUCUUCAGCCAUCGGUUCACGAACCCGCGUGUCCGCGCCGGCUGCGCGCGGGACGGACGUUCCAGAGCAGCGAUGGGGAGGUCAAGUACUUGCGCGAUGCCGAAGAGCUGAUUCGGCCAGAGCGGAACACGCUGAUCGUGAGCUUUGUGGACUUGGAGGAGUUCAAUCAGCAGCUCUCUACCACUAUUCAGGAGGAAUUUUACAGGGUUUAUCCUUACCUCUGCCGUGCAGUAAAAACUUUUGCCAGAGACCGUGGAAAUGUUCCUUCAAACAAGGACUUUUACGUUGCAUUCCAGGAUCUACCCACCAGACACAAAAUACGAGAGCUGACAUCAGCAAAAAUUGGCUCCCUGAUGCGUAUCAGUGGCCAGGUGGUGCGGACCCACCCAGUCCACCCCGAGCUUGUCAGUGGAACCUUCCUGUGCCUCGACUGCCAGACCGUGAUUAAAGAUGUGGAACAGCAAUUUAAAUACACGCAGCCAAACAUCUGCAGAAACCCAGUCUGUGCCAACAGAAGGAGAUUCAAACCUGCUGGACACAAACAAGUCAAGAUUUGUUGAUUUCCAGAAGGUGCGCAUCCAGGAGACGCAGGCGGAGCUGCCGCGCGGCAGCAUCCCUCGCAGCGUGGAGGUCGUCCUGCGCGCGGAGGCCGUGGAGUCCGCCCAGGCGGGGGACAAGUGCGACUUCACGGGCUCGCUGAUCGUCGU